AUGAUAGAGAAAACAAAACGGAAUCAUACACCAUAUACAUAUCAUCAUCAUCAGCAGCAGCAGGAGCAUCAAUCUAUGAGUAUUACACCAGAUUCUAUUUAUAAUUCACCUACUAAUAUAUUACCAAUAAUUAAAACGAUGUAUUUUUAUGAUGGUCACAAUAAUAAUAAUAAUAAUCAUAAUCAUAUAAAUAAUCCAUCAAAUGAAUUACAUUUAACUGUACAAUCAAAUAUACAUCGAAGUUUAGAAGCAUUAUUAAAUGAAUUCACUAAUCCAUUACCACCAUAUAGUGAUACCCAAAUGGUAUAUACAUAUCAAACAAUGAAUAAAGUAAAAUCAAUGAAUGAUUUACAACUAAAUAAUCCCUAUGAUAAUACAUUGAGAAAUCGUAAGCUAAAUAAUAAAUUAGAUAAAAGAGCUGACAACAAGCCAUCAUUUCUAUUAUCAUCAUCAUCAUUAUCAUCAUCAUCAUCGCCAAAGCUAUACCAUUCAUCGUUACAUUGUUCAAAGAUAGAAUUAAAUAAUAAUUAUAAAAGUACAUUGAAUCAAUCAACAAAUUGCAUUAUAUUACCAACAAUUGAUACAUUGAUUAUAGAUUCAAAUAAUAAUAAUAAUAAUAAUAAAAGGCAACAAUUAAAACAAGUGAAGCGUAUUUAUGUACAUUUAAAUAAACAAUUUAAUAUCAUUAAACCAGUAUUAAUUAAAAGUAAAUAUAUUAAAACCAUUGAUAAUAUAUUACAAGAAUUAAGUGAAUUAUUUCAAUUGCCUAUACAUAAAUUAUAUACAUUAGAUGGUAAAUUAGUAUCAUUUAAAAUAAUUUUAAAUGUAAUAUUAAUGGAUAGUUAUCACUGA